AUGAAACCCCGAAUUCCAGUGUCUUCAUCUGCAUCUGCCCGUCCUCUUGACCUCAGCUUCCUCAAGUCGGUCACAUUUUGGGUGCUACAAGCAGGAAAUGUUAUCCAAAGCUUUGGAUACUUCUUGCCGUCAACAUAUCUGCCGUCAUACUCGACAGGGACUGUCGGUUUGCCCGAGUCCAUGGGAACACUUCUCGUAUCCCUUUUCAACGCAACCUCUAUCUUCGGCGGUAUUGCAUUGGGGAUGCUAUGUGACCAAUGCAACGUGACAAAUGUUGUACUCAUAUCCUCUGUGGGAUCUGCACUCUCUGUACUUCUCUUUUGGGGCAUGGCCUCUUCUACGGAUUCAGGUUCCUCCGAGCCUGGUGUGGCUCUGCUGACGGUUUUCGCCAUUUCCUAUGGCUUUUUCGCGGGUGGAUUCAGCUCGACUUGGUCGGGCAUCAUCACACAGAUUAAAGAUGAGUCUUCGCCGUCAUUGGAGACCGGAUUGGUGUUCGGUCUUUUAGCUGGCGGUAGAGGUAUUGGGAAUGUUAUUAGUGGACCUCUUAGUUCGGUGUUGAUUCGACAGGGAUCCCUAGGUCAUGAUGGUGCUACGGGGUAUGAUACCGAGUAUGGAACUUUGAUUCUUUUCACUGGCAUUACUGCCUUCUUCGGCGCCUGGGGCUGGAUGUGGCGAUAUAUGAGUCCUGCAGUGCGCUGCCUGGUUUGA